UUCCACCUGGCCGGGGAUUACAUCCUGGGGGGGCUCUUCUCCCUGCACGCCGAGGUGGUGGGCAAAGCACACCUCAGCAGCUCCCUGGUGCCCAUCUGCAAAGAGUACAAGCUCAAAGGGGUGAGCUACAGUUACCUCCAGGCCAUGCGCUUUGCGGUGGAAGAGAUCAACAACUCCAGCGCCCUCUUGCCGGGGAUUUCCUUGGGCUACGAGAUGGUGGAUGUCUGCUACCUCACCAACACCAUCCACCCCGUCCUUUAUUUCCUCUCGGAUAACCGCUCCCAGCUAGAGAUACAGACAAACUACACCCACUAUCAUCCCCGAGUCUUGGCAGUCAUCGGUCCAGACUCCUCGUCGGCCGCUGUGGCUGCUGCGCAUCUUCUGAGCCUUUUCCUCGUCCCACAGGUCACCUACAGCGCGACCAGCCAGGCCCUGAGCAACCCCAAAGUCUUCCCCGUUGCUUUCCGCACGAUCCCAAGCUCGGAGCAACAGAUCACGGUCAUACUCCGCUUGCUGCGGAGGUUCCGUUGGAACUGGGUCAUCGUCCUCUCCAGCGACGACGACUACGGUCAGCAGAACAUGCAGGCGCUGCGGGCCCAGGCCUCCUGGCCCUGCAUAGCCUUCCAGGAGAUUAUCCCGGUCCAGACGACAAACCAGGAGGACCGCGGCAUCCGGCAGCGGAUGGAGGGCAUUGUCAGGAAGAUUGUCGGGAGCACGGCCAAAGUGGUCAUCGUCCUGACCCUGGAGCUGCCUCUCCCGGCCUUCUUCCAAGAGGUCCUCCUGCAGAACGUCACUGGCCUGGUGUGGAUCGCGUGUGAAGCCUGGGCCAUCGAUCCGUCCUUGCACAGCAUCGCCAACAUCUCCAGCAUCGGCACCAUCUUUGGGGUAGCCGCACAGGAUGUGCUUAUGCCAGGGUUUGCUGACUUCCGGGUUAGGUCCCCCUCCAGCCCAGCAGAGGGAGCCAGAGAACGGGAUGCAGCUGAAACUUGCAACCAAGUCUGUGACCAAUGCCUACCAAAAAUGUUGCUCUAUGACAAGAUACUCCGGGGGACGGGGAACCGCAUUGACUUCAAUGUCUACUCCGCAGUCUACGUUGUUGCCCACGCCUUGCACCAGCUGCUGGACUGCAACAGCCGGAAGGGGUGCCGGAAACAGAAAGUUUACCCUUGGCAGCUGCUGCAGCAGGUGGCCCAGGUGAAAUUCACUCUGCGUAGCACCACCAUCCGCUUUGAUAAGAACGGAGACCCCCCGUCUGGCUUUGAGGUCAUCCAGUGGCAGUGGGGAACCCCUGGCUUUCCUUUUAAGCAGAUUGCCGCCUAUGACCCCGUGAAGAAGGAGCUGGACGUCUUUACGGGAGCCAUCACUUGGCACACGCCCAACAACACGGCUCCCAGGUCCGUCUGUUCAGAGCAGUGUGAGCCGGGCCACAAGAAAAAGCUCAUCGGCAGCAUGGCCUGCUGCUUCGAGUGUGUGCCGUGCGAAGCGGGGACCUUUUUCAACACGAGUGAUAAUUUUAUUUGCCAGAAGUGCCCGCCGGACAUGUGGUCUGAUCCAGGACAAGAGCAUUGCUUCAAGCGGCUGGUGAAGUACCUGGAGUGGGACGACCUCACCUCCAUUCUACUCAUCUUCUGCUCGGCCUCGGGCCUCUCGAUGACGCUCGGGAUCCUGGCCCUGUUUCUCCGUUACUCUGAGACCCCGGUGGUGAAGUCCGCCGGGGGCCGGCUUUGCUUCCUCGUGAUCGCCACCCUUUCCGUCGGCUUCUGCAGCAUCCCCUUCUACAUGGGCGUGCCGACAGAAGCCAAGUGCCUGUGCCGCCAGACCAUCUCCAGCCUCUGCUUCACCGUCUGCGUCUCCUGCAUCACGGUCCGCUCCUUCCAGAUCAUCUGCGCCUUCAAGAUGGCUUCCCGGCUGCCGGCGGCCUACGACUUUUGGAUGAAGCACCACGGGCAGCAGGUCUUUAUCGGCGUCGUCUCUGCUGCCAAGUUCGUUCUCGUGGUGGCCACCGUCUACAUCCACCACCCGCCGCUGGCAGAGCCCACCGUGAGCAGCGACCCAGCCGUGAUGAACCUCAUGUGCAACACGAACUAUAAGUCCAAUAUGAUUGGGCACAACAUCUUCGACAUGGUGCUGUGCUUCCUGUGCUUCUGCUUUGCCUACAUCGGGAAGGCGCUGCCGAAGAAUUACAACGAGGCCAAGUACAUCACCCUGUGCAUGACCUGCUACUUCAGCACCUGGGUCGCCCUCUGCCUCGUGAGGUCCCUCUUCGAAGGGAUGGUGGUGACUGUCUUCGACGCGGGCACGGUGCUCACCAACCUCCUCAGCAUCACCGUGGGCUACUUCGGUCCCAAGUGCUACGUGAUCCUCUUUCACCCUGAACGGAACACCGCCGCUUUCUUCCAGACGGCCAUCCAGAGCUACACCAUGAGGCACGAUUAG